UCUGUUUACUUUCCUUGCAAAUUUCAUCUAUUCUUCUCAUUCUUCAUGCUCCUAUAUUUAAAAGACUGUUUGUAGUUUCCUUCUGAUAUCUGACAAUUUCUUCUCAUCAUGUUGUCAUUGCCUUCAACUUCAUCCUCCAUUUCUAGAAAGAAAUAUGAUGUUUUCUUAAGUUUUAGAGGUGAAGAUACUCGCAAAAACUUCACUGAUCAUCUUUAUGAUGCUCUGAAAAGGAGCGGAAUAAUCACCUUCAGGGAUGAUCCAAAGCUGGAGGCCGGCGAAGAGAUCGCGCCAGAACUGUUUAAAGCCAUUCAGCAAUCAUGGUGCUCCGUAAUCGUAUUUUCAGAAUCUUAUGCUUCUUCGGGUUGGUGCUUGGACGAACUUAGUGAGAUUGUUAAGCAGAAAAAGGACAAGGGUCGUGUUUUUCCAGUUUUCUAUGACGUGGAUCCAUCUGAUUUGAGAAAACAGAAAGGAAAAGUUGAAGAAGCCUUUGCGGAACAUGAAAAGAGAUAUGAUGAAGAUAAGGUCCGAAGGUGGCGAAAUGCUUUGACUCAAGUCGCAAACAUUAAGGGAUGGCAUUUAAAUCACAGGCAUGAAACCGAAUUUAUUGGAGACAUCGUUAGAAAGAUAUCAGCAAAAUUAUGUGAAACAUAUCCAAUUGUCCACGAUGAGUUGGUUGGAAUUAGUUCACGCUUAGAGGAGUUGUAUGCAAAAAUAGAUAUUGGUGAAGAUGAUGUCCGUAUUAUUGGAAUUUGUGAAAUGGGUGGCAUCGGUAAAACAACUCUUGCAAGACUUGCUUCCACUCAAAUGUCUCCUCAUUUUGAAGGUAAAAGCUUUCUUGCUGAUGUUAGAGAAGUUUCAAACACACGUGGACUUGUUUCGUUACAGAAACAACUUCUUUCCCAAAUCUUGCCUGAGGAAUGCUUUAAUUUCUUCAAUGUUCAUGAAGGGAAUGCCAUAAUUAACCACAGGUUAUCUAACAAAAAGGUUCUUGUUGUUCUUGAUGAUGUUGAUAACCUACAACACUUAAAAUGCUUGGUUGGGAGGCGUAACUGGUUCGGUUUAGGGAGCAGAAUCAUUGUAACAACAAGAGAUGAACAUUUGCUCCGAUCUUACGGAGUUGAUGACGUGUAUAAGCCUACAACAUUGAAUGCACAUGAAGCACUCCAACUUUUCAAUUUGAAAGCUUUUAAUGGUGAGACAAGGCUAGAAAAUGAUUUUAGUGAUCUUUCUAAACGUGUUUUAAAAUAUACCGGAGGUCUUCCCUUAGCUCUUGAAGUUUUGGGUUCCUUUUUGUGUGGCCGAGAUGCAGCCCAAUGGAGAAGUGCAAUAGAAAGACUUGAAAGAGAUUCUAACAAAGAAAUUCUUGACAGACUUCAAAUAAGCUUUGAUGGAUUGGACCAAACUGAGCAGGACAUAUUUUUAGAUAUAGCAUGCUUCUUUAACGGGAAGAUGAAAGAUUUUGUAAUGAAAGUAUUAAAUGGUUGUGAGUUUUUUCCUGACAUUGGAAUUGAUGUUCUUAUUAAAAAAUCUCUACUAACAGUUGAUGAACACAAAAGAUUGCGGAUGCAUGACUUACUACAAGAAAUGGGAAGAAAAAUUGUUAGGGAAAAAUCUGUUGUUGAACCUGGAAAACGUUGCAGAUUGUGGGCAGAAAGAGAUGUUUAUCAUGUGCUAACAAAGAACACUGGUACAGAGAUGAUUGAAGGCAUGAUCAUCGAUAAUAAAAGGGAGAUGAACAAGAUUCUCACUUUGAGUGCGGAUGCCUUCUUAAAGAUGAAAAGAUUAAGACUACUUAAAGUCCUUUGUUGUUCAAAUUGUUGUGAUUUUACGUAUCUUUCUAAUGAGCUACGGCUUUUAGAUUGGACGAGAUAUCCUUUAAAAUCCUUGCCUUCAAGCUUCCAACCAAAAAAUCUUGUUGCACUUCUCCUAUCUUAUAGCAACAUUGAACAACUAUGGAAAGAAAACAUACCCCUGUAUAAGUUGAAAGUGCUCAACCUCAAAGGGUCCGAAAACCUGAUCAAGGCACCGGACUUAACAACUGCCCCAAAUCUUGAAAUUUUGGUUUUGAAAGGUUGUACUAGAUUAUUAGAUAUUCAUCCAUCUGUUGGAAAUCUGAGCAGUCUUGUUUUGUUAAAUUUGAAAGAUUGCAGGAACCUUGGGAGUGUCCCAGGGAGCAUAGGUGGGUGUAAAAGUUUAAAAAGUCUUAAUCUUUCUGGUUGUUAUAAAGUUGAAUAUUUGCCAGAGAAUUUGCAGCAACUAGAGUUUUUGGAAGAGCUUGACUUAAGUAAAACAGCCUUACGAAAACCACCAUCCUUCAUUUCUCAAUUAAAAAAUCUUCAAUUUUUGUCAUUCAACGGGAGCAAGGCAAUUCAAAGAGGAAGGAUAAAUUCCAUGACAUCGAUGUUACCUUCAUUGCUAGGUUUGAGUUCAUUACAAGAACUGAAUCUAAGAGACUGCAAUCUUUUCGAUAUUCCUAGUGAUAUUUGUUGUCUAUAUUCAUUAAAAGAACUUGAGCUUAGUGGUAACAACUUCACCAGCAUACCUUCGUCUCUUUUCAAUCUUGUAUAUCUUGGAUUGUCGAGUUGCAAGGAGCUUAAAUCUUUGCCUGAACUAUCAAAAGUAUACACUUCAGUCGGUUGGUCUACGAUAACUUGUAUUGACUGCUACAGAUUGGCUGAGAACAUCGAUGCCUUAACAUUGCUGAAAAAGCAUCUAAAGGUAUUUGGAAAUACAGGAAAAAGAUUUAAUUUUAUUCUACCUGGAAGUGAAAUCCCAGAAUGGUUUAGUCAACAAAGAGGUGACUCUUCGAUUAAGAUAGAUUUGCCUCAGGAAGUUUGGAAUGAUAAUCAAUGGAUGGGAGUUGCUUUGUGCUGCAUUUUUGUCAGUGAUGAUGCUUCAAGGGUUGAGGAACUCCAUUUUAGAGCUGUAUCUGGACUUUCUAAUUUCAAGGGUAGAAAUCCUCGAGAGUUCAUGAUGGGUUUCGGGACUUUCCCGGCUGGUGAACCCGUAAUGACGGACCACAUUUUCAUUAGGUAUUCCUCGCGUGACGAGAUGUAUCGAUAUUCAUGGACAACAGAUUGGUUAGAUCAGGAAUGCGAAGAACUUGAGUUCUCAUUCGUAAGAGGCCCGUUUACCUUGAACAGUGUUAAGGUGAAGAAGUGUGGUGUUAGAUUAGUGUAUGAGAGAGAUUUGGAAGAGAUGGAACAAAUACAAGAGCUGCAUAGUAGUCAAUGUUGUGAAAAUUUGGAAGAUACCGCAACACUCUGCCGAUGAUGGAUCUAUAUAUAGGUAACGUUUCCCUUAUAAAGCGAAAACUUAUCUAAUAUCUAUAAGGAGAUGGAUGAAGGGAUGCAACCAAAACGGAUGCAAAAAGUUUUCAAUUCUAUAAUGGGCAGACUGUGAUUGAAGAAAUAUAAUCAGCGGGAAAUAGGAUGUGGAAGAAGUUUGGUUGCUCCAUGAAGAAGCAAUUAAUAAAUUAUCGAAAGCUCGAUUGGGUUGAAAACUAGUCGGAGAUCCAUCACACUAUCCAACGAUUUUAUCAAUAGAUUUUGAUGCUUUGGUCAUGGUUAUAAUGGCAUGUAUAGGUGGACUUAUGGUCGAUGUUAGUUGAAUGUUAACUGAUGAGUUUGGCAUGUAUAUGUCAUUUUGGUUAUGGCAUGAAAUGUUGCCUUGGAUUUGAGGUACUUAUGGUACUAUUGAUGUCUUGUUGGUUGUGGUUAAUAUGGUCAAAUUGAUGCGUGUCUUGAAAUUACCAAUUUUGGUAUGUGUUAAUGUAUCUUUAAAUGGCCAAAACAGUAUGUGAUAAAUUGAUCCCAACAUGAUCAAGAUAUAUUUUACGUUGGAAAGGUUUUGAACUA